AUGGAGCAACAAUUUUUCAACACUGAAGAUGACCAAUGUAUAGACAUUAAGGAAUUUCUGUGGACAAACAGCUCGGAUUUAACUUCACUUCCAAUAGUAAUGGGAUUUUUUGCCUUUCUUUACUCAGCUAUAGUGCUAACAUCUCUACUAGGCAACCUUCUCGUUAUUCUAAGCGUCUGCCAAUACAGAUCACUACAAUCUGUUCGAAAUUUGUUCAUCGUGUCCUUAUCUGUCUCUGAUAUUGUUAUUUCAGUUGUUUCAGGAACCAUAACGCCAAUUGUUGCUUUCACAAAAAUUUGGCCUUUCGGGCAGUUACUAUGCAAAUGGGUUCCUGUAAUCCAAGGGGUUUCUUUGUGCUUCUCAACUUUAACACUCACUUCAAUUUCUGUCGACCGUUUUCUCCUAAUAGUAACGCCAUUAAAGCCUUCAAUACAAAAAUGUUGUGCAUGCCGAAUUGUAGCCUUAAACUGUGCAAUUGCAUUAGCAGUUUCUAUACCUAUUCUAUUCAAUCAAACAAUGGUUGAUUGGCCUCCAUUUUGUGGGCAGUUUUGCACGGAAGACUGGAGCAAUAGUAGCAUUCAAAGGAGUUUAUAUGGAACAUUUGUAUUAUUCACACAAUUUGUCUUUCCAUUUUUGAUUAUUACAAGCUGUUAUGUAAUGAUUUCUAUCAAAAUAAAUUCUGGAAUGCGUACUAAACGUUGUUCAUCUACGGAAAUUGCAAAAUUCAGUGAUUAUUGUAGCAGUAAUGCUCGAUGCGACAAAUUUUUGAGUAGUUCGUUUGGUACUGAUGAAGGAAAUUCACUUUAUAUAAAUGAACAAAAACUACAAAAUGGAAUGUUAAUGGCUGGAGAUGGAGCCAUGAAGGUGGCAAUGGAUCAACGAAAAAUGGUUUUGAGUCGGAGAAUUCGAACCAACCGGAUGUUAAUUGGUAGGUGCUUGGGGACUAGGAUGCUAAGGGGUAUUUUAAGCUGGGAGGAUAAAGUGAGAAAUGCCCCUGAUGGGAAGGCUCUUAGUUUUAACAGUUCUCGGUUGUCACUAACGGAUUUUAAAAUUAAAUUUAAAAAUUUUCUCAUAAUUCUAGCAAUGGUUGCCGUUUUCUUUUGCUGUUGGGCCCCUUCUGUUAUAUUUAAUUUUCUACGUGAUUAUCAAUGGUUGCCUAAUUUUGUGAUAGCCCAGGAAUACCUUUUUGGCACAACUACCCAUUUAUGGAAUCCGAUUCUUUAUGCUUUGUUGAAUGAACAAUUUAGACUUGCCUUUUCUGAAAUUUUUAAACAAAUCAGUAAUAUUUUGGGAAUUAAAAAAGAAAGAAAAAUGCUUCAUAUGCAAGGACAAUUAAAAAGAAUCAAAGUAAGAUCAGAUGUCCAGCGUGGAUCAGAAGCCAUUUAA